GUGCUGGAAAAACUACUCUUCUUAAUUAUAUUUUGACUGAACAACAUAGCAAGAGAAUAGCAGUUAUUUUAAAUGAAUUUGGUGAAGGCAGUGCGUUGGAAAAAUCCUUGGCUAUAAGUCAAGGUGGAGAACUCUAUGAAGAAUGGCUGGAGCUCAGAAAUGGCUGCCUUUGCUGCUCAGUAAAGUAA